AUGAAUUAUCAGAGCAAGAAGCUUAUUAACAAUCCAAACGAUGUUGUGACAGAGUUCAUUGAAGGGCUAGUGGAAACCUAUCCUGGUUUGCAGUAUUUGGAUGGCUUUCCUGAUGUAAAAGUUGUUUUACUUGCUGAUGUUUCUGGCGGCACAUAUGACAAAGUGGCCGUUAUAUCAGGAGGGGGAAGUGGUCAUGAGCCGGCUCAUGCUGGAUUUGUUGGAGAAGGAAUGCUGACAGCAGCAAUAUGUGGUGAUAUUUUUGCCUCUCCUCCCGUUGACUCCAUUCUUGCAGGUAUACGAGCAGUUACUGGUCCUUCGGGGUGCCUGCUGAUUGUCAAGAAUUACACAGGCGACCGCUUAAAUUUUGGUUUGGCAGCUGAGCUGGCUAAAUCUGAAGGUUUUAAAGUGGAGAUGGUGAUUGUUGGUGAUGACUGUGCUUUACCACCUCCAAGAGGUAUAGCUGGACGAAGAGGUUUGGCUGGAACCAUUCUUGUUCAUAAGGUUGCUGGGGCUGCAGCUGCUGCCGGCCUCCCUUUAGAAGAAGUUGCUGCUGAAGCCAAACGAGCAUCAGAAAUGGUAGGCACAAUGGGUGUUGCACUAUCUGUUUGCUCGAUCCCUGGUCAAGUGCCUUCAGAUCGUCUAGGCCCUGGCAAGAUGGAGCUUGGCCUUGGAAUUCAUGGAGAACCAGGUGCAGCUGUGACCGACAUCCAACCUGUUGACAUCGUGGUUUCCCAUGUCUUGAAACAAAUAUUGUCACAGGAAACAAAUUAUGUACCGAUAACUCGUGGCAGCAGAGUUGUACUUAUGAUUAACGGAUUAGGGGCCACUCCUCUUAUGGAACUGAUGAUUGCUGCUGGAAAGACGGUUCCUCGACUGCAGCUGGAACAUGGAUUGGCUGUUGAGAGAGUGUACACUGGUUCAUUUAUGACCUCUCUUGAUAUGGCAGGAUUUUCAAUAAGUGUGAUGAAGGCUGACGAAACAGUUUUGAAGCGUUUGGAUGCCCCAACUAAGGCUCCGAAUUGGCCUGUUGCUGCUGAUGGUGACCACCCACCUGCUAAGAUUCCUAUUCCUAUUCCACCAUGUCGUUUGAAAAAGAAUGAUGAGUGCCAUUUUUUCAUCAUUGACUUUUGUGAUGGUUUAUAUUUUGAUCCGGUUCUGAAUGUAACUUCAGUAAACCUUUCAUGUGACUUGAAAAAACGUUACCCAUUGAAUGACCCUGUAGAGACUGUCGGUGAAAUUGGAACUUCCAUAAGAAAAGGCAUGGGUGGAACCAGUGGGAUCAUAUACGACAUAUUCAUUAAGGCAGCGCAUGCAAAUCUCAAAGCUAAUAGUGACUCGGGCAUCACAGCACUACAAUGGGCUGGUGCAUUUGAAGCUGCUCUUGCUGCAGUCAGUAAAUAUGGGGGUGCCAAACAAGGCCACCGCACGUUGUUGGAUGCGCUUAUUCCUGCAUCCUCUGUCCUUAAAGAGAAAUUGGCGGCUGGAGUUGACCCUGUUGAGGCUUUUGUUCUUUCUGCUGAAGCAGCUGUGGCUGGUGCUGAGUCGACUAAGAAAAUGCAGGCACAGGCUGGGAGGUCAUCCUAUGUCUCGGCAAAUGUUCUAGCAUCAGUACCUGACCCAGGUGCCAUGGCUGCAGCUUCGUGGUACAAAGCAGCUGCAUUGGCUGUGAAGAACGCGUAUGAAGCUUCAUGA